UGCCGCCGUCGCACGGCCACACCGCGCAACGAAUUCGCCGCGCCACCGCACCGCUCUCGAGUUUGAAGUUCGCCGCGGAUCUCUCCAUCCCGUACUAAGUUAACCUCAAAGUGAAAUUGUGAUGCAAUUGAUGCAAUGUGAAUUGUUUGGAGUGCUGUGAUAAAGAAAAUGAGUGGCGUAUCAUCAAGGACCAAAAAUAUUUUGGCGCUGGCGAAAGCUGCGUUUUUUGCUGAAGCUAAUGAUGUGGCUGCCAGUAGCUCCGAUGAGAGUGAGAGUGAGGCGGAAUCUGAGCUCACAGAGGAGCAAGUCUCCACUCUGAAGGAAUUAGAUCAUUUGAUAAAUGACUGGUCACAAUCUCCAAUACACCACCAAAUUGUUCAAAAUAAUGAAGUGUCAAGUAACCCCUCAAUUUGCCGUAAUCUGUUCAAAGAUGCAACCAUCGAAAGUAAUGACCAACAACAGGUAGACUCCUCAAUUUGCCGUAAUCUGUUCAAAGAUGCAACCAUCGAAAGUAAUGACCAACAACAGGUAGACCCCUCAAUUUGCCGUAGUCUGUUCAAAGAUGCAACCAUCGAAAGUAAUGAUCAACAACAGAACCCUACCAAUAUUAUCUCAGCAGUCUCAACGUCAACAGUCUCAGCAGAAAUGGAUGAUUUGGAAAGGAAAAAGACAGAACUGGAAGAAGCAAGAGUACUCCUGAGCCAAAUGAACAGCAGAGUCAGGCUGUUGGACCACUCACUUCUUACGGGGUGCACUGGCCCAAAUGACGAAGAGUUGAAAAAGAAGGACAAGGCUGAUAAUGAAAGAUUUGAUGCAAUUAUGGUGUCUUUGUUAUCAGCAUCAGAAAGGCAGUCAAUAACAGACUCCAUGAAUGCUAUUUUACGAUGUGACUUUCCCGAAAGUACUGGUGAUACCACUGACAAUAAUAAUCUUGAGGAAGCUACCGGUGAAGCAGAAGUAGUUGGUAUUUCUGGUUUUUCUGACUCUUCUAAAACUACUGGUGAUGCCAAUGAGAACCCUAAUCAUGAGGAAGCAGUUGCUGAAGCAGAAAAAGUUGGUAUUUCUGGUUUUUCUGACUCUUCUAAAACUACUGGUGAUGCCAAUGAGAACCUUAAUCAUGAGGAAGCAGUUGCUGAAGCAGAAAAAAAAAUCCAAGCAGAUGAUGAAAAAAUGAAAGUCAUUAAUGGAAAAACCGGUUUGCCAGUUGACAUUAUUGACUCAGAGAAAAUUGAGUUGCCAGUUGAAAUUAUUAUGAAUCACAGGAAAGACGAACCGGAUCCAGAUGAAGUUAUCACAGAGUACUUUCAGAUUUUGACUGAAAAUGAAAUUCUAGCGGAUACUGAGGAAGCAGAAUCAGUCAUAGAAACUUUGGAUGAAGCUGCAGUUUUCGAUUUUCCUGAAAGUGGGAGCAGCCCGGUUUAUGGAUAUCAAUAUGACUUUGAGUCAACAGAGGUUGAGGAUGCUAUCAAUACUGUAGUGCAGUCAGAAGAAGUUGGCUCUUCUCAAUCACUUUCACCAAAGGCCAAAAAAAAGGCAACAUAUCCAAGACAAAAAUCGUCAGGAAAGAAAGGAAAAAAGAAGAAAAACCCCUUUUUAACUCGCCGGCAAAACUAUUGUAUGUUUUGUAAGAAACUAGUUACCAAUUUUACCGCACAUAUUCAAAGAGAGACUAUAUUAGAACAUCAGAGAGAGAUCUACUCGGCUGAACUUCAAAGGGAAGGAUUGACCUCCCCGAGAAAAAAUGAAAUUAACUACCUCCUUGAAAACCUUCCAUUAAUUGAGGAGUAUAGAGAAGCCAAAUCAUCAGAGAAAAAACUGGAAAUUUCUACAAAACUGAGAGGUAGAGGCAAUUUUUUGUACAAUAAAAAGCAAGCAGAACAUAAUUUUGAAUUACUUCCAACCCGUAGACUUGCCGCAAAUUCCAAACUGAAGUCAGUUUCCGUUGACACUCAUGUACCAUGUUCAGGAUGCGGUAAUAUGUAUCUAAGUAAAACGUUGUAUAGGCACAAGAAGUAUUGCAAAGUUGAACCAUUAAUUCUGAAUCCUUCCCUCAAAGGAUCCAAAAGAAAAAUGAGAGUUUUAAAAAGUGAGAAAUAUGCUUCUAGCUAUCAACUACAACUAAAAGGAAGUGGUGUGAGUGACAUACUACGACAAAAAGUAUGGCCCAUUUUUCAGAAUGAUGUAGUAGCAUUGGUGGCCAAAAAUGAUCGACUAAUCUGUCUCUUUGGGUCAGAAAUUAUCGGCAGUCAUUUAGCAUUUCAACAGCUGCGACAAGUCACAAACCGCAUGAGAGAUCUGGCCAGGUUGCUGAUCGAGUUGAGGGAACUCGACCCAGAAAUCAAGACCCUAGCAGAUGCUCUCAAACCGCACAAAUUUAAACACAUCCUUGUGGCAACCCAGAAACUCAGUGGGUAUAACGCAGAAACUGGUUAUGUCAAUGUCGUAACAUUCCCUACACGAAUUUCCACAUCUUUGAAACUAUGCAUCCAAAUUAAUCUGUGCGACAUAAUUGAAAACGAAAAUACCCCCCAAGACAAAAAGCUUGAAGCACAGAACACUGCAAAUUUAAUGGAAACCCUAUUUAAGGCUAGAUGGGCUCCAAAUAUUUCUAGUAAUGCGGAAAAAACCAAGAAACUUAGGAACUCAAUGAAAAAACAAAUUAUGCCGGACAAUCAAGAUAUUAAACUUUUAAUUGACUAUCUUGAAGACCAGCAGUUAGAAUUUUACAGUGAGCUGCAGCUAGGUCACAAUUUGAUCGAUAAUUAUGAUAAACUCUGUAAGUGUUUGAUUGCUUUGAUUAUCUUGUACAACCGCAGGCGAGCGGGGGAAACAGCACGCAUCGAAUUGCAGUUCUAUCAAAACAUUAAUGAUGAUGAGCCAGUGAACCAAGAUAUUCAGAAUUCCUUGAAUGAGAACCAACAGAAAGCUAUGAAAACUUUUUCUUGCUUCCAUAUUCUUGGGAAAAAUAAGCGGACUGUUCCAGUCCUCAUAACUAAACAAAUGAGAUGUAGCAUAGAUUUACUGAUUGAAUUAAGGAGUGAGGUUGGCGUAGAUGAUAGCAAUCCUUAUCUAUUCGCAAAAUCAUUUUCUACCGAUCCGUAUGAUGGAACCAAGAUAUUACGUGAAUUCAGAGCUAAAAUUUCAUUGAAAAAUCCGGCUCAUUUGACUAGCACCGGAUUGCGACACAAUAUCGCAACGAUGUCAGCAGUUAUCAAUGUGUCAGAAGAAAACCGCUCAAAAUUGGCUGAUUCCAUGGGUCACGACUUUGUGAUUCAUAGAAAAAACUACUCUUUGCCUCAACAGGAGGUAGAGCGAGGUGUAGUUGGAGAGAUUUUAUUGGCUGCUGCACGAGGAAAGUUGUUUGAAUCGGCGGCAGGAACCUCUGCCACAAAAAAUCACCCAGAAGACCAUGGCAAUGAUAAAGAAUACAAUGAAAAUCUCAGGUCUCUCAACGAUGAAGCCGUACCUGCAGCCGUACCUGCAGCUGUACCUGCAGCUGUUAACAGUGAAGGUGACGUUCCUGAAAUAGUUGAUUUAUCUGAAAGAAAAGACCACCAUUCGGACGGGGAAAAAACCUCUUCUUCUGACUCUGAAGUUGACUGUCAAGUUUUAAGACGAAAGUACCUCAAGAUGAGAGUGCCACAACAAAACCUACCCGCUAGUCAAUCUUGGCACUCUGCUAAUGCAACCAUAAUUACCGGAAAGAAACCUAAAAAGAGAUGGUCAAAUGCAGAAAAAAAAGCUAUCAAAAGACAGCUUUCUGAUUGCAUGGCAAUGGGAAUAAACCCUAAACAACAGCGAAGUGAGGCUUGUAUUAAUGCUGAGCCAAUUUUAGCAGGCCGCACUUGGACUCAAGUAAACGGUCUAAUUAAUAAUUAUAACAAAGGUAAAUUAGCUGAUGGUUAUUUUUCCGAUUUGGAUGAGUAACUUUAAUUAAUUAAUUGUGAUAUCCUGGUAUACUUGUCAACAUCUAACAUUGAUUUGUAAAAUCAUCACAUCAAUCAGCAUUGGAUGCUGACUAAUAGUAAGGUUAGUGGUGUUGAAAAUCACCAUUGAGAAGUUAAAUUUUCCAAAUUUUUAUUUUAAACUAUUUUUUCCCAUAGUUUUAAUUCCUUGAUUUCAGAUGUUAUUUAUAGAAAUUAAAAAGACUGUGUAUUCACCCACAAUCUGAAUUAAAUUAUGUAUUGAUGUCACUCAUUAUCACCUCAGGACUCAUUAUCACCUCAGGACUCAUUAUCACCUUUGUCUUCAACAGUGUUUGAAAAAUUCUAUCUAAGUCGCAAAGAAUAGAAUAAUCGGUAUAGAAAUUGCAGUCUCUCCACUUUUUAAAUUCAUUUUGUAAAAGUGAUUUUAAUUUGAUUGGGGUUCGAGGUAGAGGCACUGUUGCCUUUUUGUGGUACUGUUUACUAAUUAUUUUUUAAAUGAAGAUUCUGAACUUGAAUGCAAUGUUAUAAUGCAAUUUUCUAGAAGUUACUUUCUCUUUUAAGUGUUUUUUUUUCUCCAGUUGAUUGUUAUCCUUUUUUUUCUUCUCCCAAAUGUUAUGGGAAGAGUCUGAAACUUAGUGAAACCUUUUAAAUAAAGCUCGUUGCAGUAGAAUCUUCUUUAUUGAAAGUUUAGCUCUACACCGCUCGAGCCAUGAAAAAAAAAAAAA